AUGCAUCUACGCUAUACCCAUACAACCAAUUUCCUUAUCGGUACUGCCUCCAAAUUUCAACCUUCACCCAAAUUUCACCCUUCCCUCCAAAUUUCAACCUUCCCUCCAAAUUUCAAAAUUCCCCUUCAAAUCUCAAACUUCUUCACCUCCUCACUUCACCCGCUGUCAGCCCUUAUCACAGAGGGCGAAGACCCACUGUCAGCGCUUGUUACUCUAGUAAUUGAGAACUACCAAAGGUACUCUCGUGGUCCUUACAGGGUAAAAGAUGCUUUGCAAAAGGCGAAACAGGCCGACGGGAGCUCUGUAGAGAGAAUCCUUGUAGAGAAAAGCCCCACAGCCUGGUAUGCGUACAUUGCUGCGCACAAGACGAAAACCUUGGAUCGCGGGCCGGAAGGCAGAGUCGAGUUGUCGCGCUUACUCGACCACCUUGGCAACCAGCCUAUGCAUCGCCAGCAUGAAUUUGUAAAUCAACUCGCAGCUGCUAUGGAAAGCAUAGAUGCCAACACUUCGCCGCAGUCUGCCAAGCGCCGUCGCAUUGCCACCGAGGACAACACAGUGGCUCCUGUACAACCGACCUCCAUUACAAGAAACGCAGAUACAUGCUUGACGGAUGUCGAACCCAGCGUUACAGAACAGAUACCCGCCUUGGUAACCUCGAGGGAUGUGUAUGUUGGAGCUCCUCUUGAACCAGCCGAAGAACUAUUUCACGACCAGUUCUGGGAUUCCAUUGAAAGAACACAGAGCAAAGAGCAACCCGGUGUGCUACUGGCCGAUAUAUCAAUGAUUUUUCAGGAAGGGUAUAUCCGAGAACAUUUCGGAUGCCAGAUGGAAAUCGGGAUCGCGAAAGAAAAGGUAGCAGACCUUGCCUUCCAAUACUUUGGUGUGAAGCUGGAAGACAAGGACGGGGUUAGAUCCAACAACAGGCUGAACGCCCGUCUUCGCGUCCGAGAAAAACUCAUCGUUGUCUUUGUCAAUGUCGAGCGCUUGCGGUUCGAAUAA